UUGAUACUACCAAGAGCCUCAUCAAAUACAUUCAACAGACAAUCAAAUAUGCGCAUAUGUGUCGUCUCGUAUUAAUCUGAUUGCAAGUUCAUGCGACAACCACAAAAGUGAUAUGUAAUUAUCCUUCGUCGAACUAGUCUCCCCUUGCUGUGCAGUGCUAAAAAACGUGGUUUUUGCUACUGUCAAAACCCCAUCAUGGACAUCUCAGCUCUACCCGAAGAAAUGUUGCGUGAGAUCUUUUCCAUCCUCCCCUUUAAGGAUCUGCUGCGCUGUUCGUUGAUCUGCUUGCAGUGGCAUCGCAUCGCCGAACCGCUCAUAUAUCGCCGGGCCUGCAUACGAAUCGGACUGGACAUGGUCGGACACGGUCAAACGCUGUGGGACAGUGCCCGGCAGUAUCACACCGUCAUUGUGGACAAUCCGCCGUGUUCGCGUCGAUCACUGGUCAACCUGUUGAUGCUCCCAUGCAUGGUGAUCUUCAAGCCCCGGGAAGUUCAGCUGCGCAAUUUUGUGGAGGAGAGUUUGCAUAAGUUUUGCCGACACGGACACCGACUGUUCGAAAAAGCUGACACUGUUUGCGUCGAGUUGAACGACGCCAGACACAACUAUUCGCACGAAGAUGUUGAAGAGUUCAUUUUUAGCUUUCCGACGGUGAAGCACCUGGUUUGGGAUCAGUACUCGCUUGCAAACGGACGAAACACAAUGGUGAUCGAUGCUCCUCUGCUGCAAAGCACUGUUAUAGACGAUUCGGUAAAUGCCAAUACGUCAAUCCUUCAUGUAAUUGGAUGCGAUCAGUUGCAGCAUGUGAAAUGUACGCUACGUUCAAAACGUUUUGAAGACAUUUUCUGCAGUUCGUUUCGAUGCUUACAUACUCUGAGUUUAGAUAUUCGUUACCAUGAUUGCAACAUAAGUCUACCGAAGGAUUUGCCUUCCCUGAAAUGGUUAGAACUAUUUUAUAAUGAAGACCUUACAUCCAGCGUUUUCGAAUCUAUCGUUAACUACUCACAACUUAUUGGAUUAAAAAUAGCGUUACCCAAACACCAUGAACCUCAACAAAAGAUAAAUUUGAACCACCUGUUUCAUAGCCUUCCGGUCCUUCAGUCAAUUGAACUGUCCGGAUUAUACUUGGAUGUCUAUAACACGAUUGAAGCGCAUCACAUGGAAAUCCUGAAGUUGAAACACAUUACUCUAGCAAAUCCAGUACUUUCGUUCAACGCCCCAAAACUCGAAGUUCUUUCCAUUUGUGAAGAAAAUGUAAUCAAUUUCUCAUUCGUCAACAACGACAACCGAUUGAAAAAAGUGUUCGUUGAACUCACUAAUCAACGCUGGGGGGAAGUGAUAAAUGCGCAUUUGAACCCAUUUGUCCAGAUGCACGACAGCGUAGACGAACUCGUGCUGGUAAGCUCGAACAAUAGCGCACCAUGUGAUAAGUCAUUCUUUGAGCAGUCACCGGUGGACGUUUGCAAUUUACAGCUACACAAGUUCGAUAUCAGUUGUGAUUUCGUGGAAAAUGCCCACCGCUGGAGAUAUCUGAAACGUCUCGUUUUGAACGAUUGCUGCGUAGUUUGCAACUGCAAGAUGGCCCAAUGCGCAAAACUGGGGAAUGACUUUCAAGAUGUCCCGACUCUGCUAUCCACGGCGCCAGAAAUUGUCAUAAGACAAAGUAGAGAGAAUCGAUCCAUGCGAACCAAGAAUGUCUUUGGAUCGAACUGGAUAAACCCUUUGUAAUGGAGGAUCUUCGGAUAAAUAAAAAAAAUAACACA